UGGAACUGCCUACUUUUUAUUGCAUAUUCUUGUAGCUUAUCUCGAGACCUUUCCAAAACACUAUAAACAAAUGUAUUUUCGUUAAGUAUUUUUCGAGUUGUGAAGCUUGAAAGUUACAGUACAUUACAGCUUUCAAGCCUCACAACUCGGAAAAUACUCAACGAAAAUAAACUUUCUUGUAGUGUUUUGGAAAGGUCUCGAAAUCGGCAAGGUUAGAAAAAUUCAAAAUGACGGAUCCAAUAUGGCGGUUGAAGGUUAAGGUCAAGGUUAAGCUCACAGCCAAUGUCACCAUCGAAUAGUCUACAACUUUCCAAACAACAGUCCAAAUUCGAGAAAAUUAAGAAUUUUUGUCUACCAUGUUAGAUUUGUCCGCCAUAUUGAAUCUACCAUCUUGAAUUGAUUUCAGAUUCGAAAUCAGCAACCUAAAAAACCCCCAGAAAAAAAUUUUGGUGUAUUUUAGUUUACAAUUGUCGUCUACCACUUUUGGCACAAAAUUUGGAAAAAAGCCACUUAACCGGUUAAAUAUUGAGUUGUGAGACUGCAGUAAUUCUAUCUUUAAAUCGGGUUUAUUUUACUUACGCUAAUGUGAAUAUUAGUAGUUCAUCAAUUUGAAUGUUCAUCAUUGAGUACUCUUCUUGCUUCUGCCAUUUCAUUAUUACUUUCAAGAACUGUGUGUAACUUUCUUCUCUGAUACAGCUGUUUUUUCUUUGAUAGCUUAUCUCUGUAAUUUUUAAUCAGGCGUCUUUAUCGCUGUUCAUGUUGUUUUUCUUUUCAUUUUUUGAACGUCUUGGAUUUUUCCUACACCUUAAGAUAACAUGGCUCCUCUCACUGAACGUGAGCGAAUACUUAUUCUUAUGAUGAAAGGCUAUGGAAAUAUGACGAGAUCUAAUGAAGAUGUACAGAUUUUAUUCAACGAUACUUUUAGGGUAGGAGCUGAACAGAUAUCCAAGUCGACUGUACAAAGGACAAUUGCACGUUUCAAUUUGAGUGGAAGUGUAAAGGAUCUUCCUAGAUCGGGUCGCCCUGUUGCAGCAACUAAUCCAGAAAAACAGCUGGAUGUUGCUCUCUCAGUUAUUGAAGAUCGUCACAGUACGGUUAGGAAAUUAAAACAGCAACAUGAUAUUAGUGUUGGAUCUACACAUAAUAUUUUGACAAAAAAUUUAAGGUUCCAUCCAUACAAAAUUAAACUUGUACAUGAACUGCUUGAAGAUGAUUCUGAUAGACGCCUUCAGUUUUGUGAAUUGAUGAUGGCCCAAAUAGAUGCUGAUGGAAAUUUAUUGAAUAGAAUUUUAUUUUCAGACGAAGCUACGUUUGAACUUAAUGGCAAUGUCAAUAGGCAUAAUUUUAGGUUCUGGAGCGAUAACAACCCAAGAUGGAUGUCUGAUACUCGCAAUACUCAAUAUCCUGAAAAAUUGAAUGUCUGGGCCGGGAUUAUUAAUAACAGAAUAGUUGGGCCCUUCUUCAUUGACGGAAAUCUUACUGCGGUGAACAAGAUGGUGCAGCUCCUCAUUAUGGCCGAGAUGUUCGUGCCUACUUAAACACAGUAUUUCCAGCGAGGUGGAUAGGGAGAAGAGGAGCUAUAGAAUGGCCAGCCAGAUCCCCUGAUCUUACACCACUUGAUUAUUUUUUGUGGGGUUAUCUCAAAGAUAGGGUAUAUCGAACGAAACCAGCAAACCUCGAAGAACUUCAACAGAGAAUAAGAGAUGAAAUUAUUGCCAUUGAUGCAGACAUGAUUCGCCAAGCUGUAGCAGCAUUUUACAACCGCAUAGCGUAUUGCCAGACAGCUGGGAGCGAAAACUUUGAACAUUUGC